AUGCCGCAAGGAGAGACGGAGCCCCUCCUCCCUCGCUAUCAGGAGGACACGACCCUCCAGCGUCGCCUGCAUCAGAAAUUACACAGCUAUCAGAUGAUCCGUGCCCUCUCGGAUGGGUACAUGCCGUCUACAGAUCAGACCAUCAUCAAUCUCCGCACCUUGUUGGCUUCUGAUAUCCUGUCUCCUCACACUCAUGAUGUCGGCUCCGUCGGUCGCCAGAUCGUUCGCGACUGUCGACUUUGGAUCCAACUCUUCAUCGAGCUCCUACAGGAAAAGAAUGGAGACGAUAAACUGCAGGAGUUCUUGUGGCACCUCUCACGUUCCAAUGCAUCCAUCGACCCCAACAAGAUCCAGCAACGAGCCAACCAGACGAAGGCAAGGGCGGAUACGAAAGCGGCUUAUGAUAGCCUGCGCACCGUGGGAAGUCUGCUCUUAACCAAUGCAGACUUCCGUCUUUUCGUCGAUGAUCUAACCACCGUCGGCCGUCAGAUCUUCUCCGACACGGCCUUCUCGCUGUCCAGUACUUCGCAGAAAAUAGGCAACGAGCUCCAGCCGUCACAGGAAGACGUCGACGCCAUCCAAGGAGCAGGUGCUGAUGAGGGUCGUGCUGCAGGGAACGAAGAUUUACGCGAAGAGGCAGCCCACGUGGCAAAGGUCGCAGGAAACGGAGUUUCCCGCACGGGUAAAGAUGCGAUCCACAGUGCUAAAGAACACCUAGCGGGGCAAGAAAAGGAAGCCUUGCUCUAUCGGCUGAAGAAGACUAUUGUGAAUCUUCGGGACCGUUCUGACUACACAGACUCAGUCGCCACUCUGGGCCAGCUGCUGGGGCGAUAUGCCACAGCCUACGCGAACGCAGCGUCAGAUGUUGUGGCGACAGCGGAGGAAGAAGUCGACGUCAAUGUGGACCUCAAACAGGCAAUGGAGCAAUUUUGGUUGUUGCUCCAAUCUUUUGGCGACGCUCAGGAAUGGAAAACUCUGGAACAGCGCUUUGAAAAGGUGCUGCGGCACGCAAAUAAAGACCCGGAGUUUGAAAAAUUUCUCUCUGAAACAGGUGCCUUGGUCGAGGAAAUGUUGACUGACCCCAAGUUCUUUGACUCGGCCGAAGAGAAAAUCGAUGAGCUCAAAGGAAAAUCGAAGCAUUUGGAGACGGAGUCCAACUUGCGCCAGGACGUGGACGCAUUUCUGGUACAGGCAAAACGGGCUCUGCGAACGGUCCCUCAGGACAAAGCUGUGUCGAAAUUAGUCGAUGCGACCAACAAGCUGUACCAGGAUGCGUGGGACGGCUACCAUAGCCGUGAGGGCCAAUUCCCCGCAGACCUGGUGGAGGUCUUCUUUCCUCUGAUUCUCCGCACCAUCCAAUAUAUCCCAAUCCCGCGCCUUGAGAUCUCUGCACCUGAGGUCGAUCUGUUGUUGGAAAGCCUGAUACUGGAACCAGGCCAUACCGUCAAUUACUCCUCGUUUCUUCCAUACCGCAUGCAUGUUACCACGCGCAAUGACAUCGAUAUUGUGAAGAAGCAUUCGAAGAAAACCGCAACCGAUAUCAAAACGACAUUUACGGCAACCGUAUGUGGGCUUAAUAUCAGUGCUUCGGAAUUCGGAUACUGGCUCCGCGCCCAUUCCGGCCUUCUGUUCCACCUACGAGAUGAAGGCAUCGCCAGCUUCUACCUGGACAAGCGCGGUAUCGAUAUUUCCUUAGACAUAGAGGUGGGGAGGGAACGACUGGACCAAAUCUUCACCCUCCGUGGGGUGCGGGUGCGAAUCCAUAAGUUGGAGUACAAAGUCCAUCGCAGCAAGUGGAAGUGGCUUCUCUGGCUGACGAAGCCUUUCCUCAAGCAUCUGAUCCGCCGAGUUUUAGAAAAGAAGAUCGCGGAGAAGAUCGUCCAGGCCGCUUUCGCGCUGAACCGAGAGCUGGUAUUUGCUCGAGAGCGCCUGCGGGCGGCACGCAUAGCCAAUCCUCAGGAUCUGGCCAGUUUCGUGCGGGCCGUGCUGGCACGGCUGAAGGCCCUCCCAGACACGGACGUCGAGGCCCGUAUUGGCAUUGAGCCACCUGGUAGCGGUGUCUUCAAGGGCGUCUUCGCCCCAGGCAGUCUUGUCAAAGUCUGGCAUGACGAGGCACUGCGGGCUCACGAAGCCAUUGAAGAGGGCGACGAGAGCCAGGGGCUGGGCAGAACAUGGCGAAAUGAUAUAUUCGACGUUCCCCGGCGUCGAGCCUAG